AUGGCCAACGAAACCAAAAAAGCACCUACACUGAUAGGAAGCCAAGAUUUACUGACGUACUUCAACCUCAUACCCAUAUAUAACAAGAUAGUGAAACCAUAUCCACCGCCUAAUCGAGCAGCAGGUUUGAAUCCAACACUGUUUCCAUAUAUUUCAGACCUGCCUGGCCGAAUGGAUAUGGAACCGGAUGGUUAUUUGUUGAGACUAUUACGAGAUCCACAAGCUGUAGAGAAUGGGCCCGAGAUUCGACCAUUGGAUGCAGAGACAUUGAGAGACGCGUUUUCAUUGAAAGAGGGACCAGUACCAGGCUUUGAUGCUUCGAUAUUGGGAACCGAUGACACUGGCAAUAAUACCGGAGGAAAUGGAUACAUAUCAACAUACGUUGGAGGAGGAGGAGACCAAUAUGGACAAAGCCAUGAUGCAGAUCAUGGUGAAAGAAGGCACAAGAAAAAGAAGAAGAAGAGAAGACAUGGCCAUGAACAUGAUGGUGAAGAUGGACAUGAGCACAGAAAGAAGAAGAAGAAGAAAAAGAACAUCGAUAUGGGUAUUGUGGAAAGUUUCUAG